AUGAUCACCAGGACCACGACACAAGGGAUCAAGCAAUGGGCCCCUGACCGAUUUAUACAUGCCGUGCUGCGAUCCUUCCAGGCCGAGUCUGGUCUUGAACCAAGUUUAUUCGGGCCUCGGUUCCGCGUGACAGCCGUCCAGAUAGGAAUGGUCAAGUUUGAACUGGACAUUGAAAAAGACCAUACCAACAGGUUCCGGACGCUCCAUGGCGGGACUCUGGCCAGCCUAGUGGACUUUGGCGGCUCGCUGGCGAUUGCUUCGACUGGCCGCUUCCACACGGGUGUUUCGACGGACCUCAACAUAUCCUAUCUUGCCCCGGGAGGGAUGCCUGGCGACGUCAUCAAGGGCUCCGCCAUCUGCGACCGCAUUGGAAGAAAGUUGGCAUAUACGACCGUGACAUUCGUCGAUAAGUAUGGAGACAUUGCGGCUAGAGGCAGCCACACCAAGUACCUUCCUACGACAAUGACACGAGACGAUGCAUUUAUGCCGCCUGAAGAGUUUGCCGAGGAUGACUCGGACCCGGCAAUGUCGCCUCACACUCUAAGCAACCCCUACCCGGCAGAGCAUGAAAAAGGUCCUAAACAAUGGUGA